UUGAGUUAGUUUGGUAUAUUUCUUUCUCAACACACAACCAUGGACCAUUUUCCUUCAGCCUGGGGCAAGCCUCGUAACGAAGCCGUCGACCAGUACAACACCGUACCCCUCACCCGCACUCUUCCUGAUGCUGCUGUUCAGGCAGCUCUUGGUCCUACCACCAGAACACAGGCUCCUCUUGUAACAGGUACAUCUGUCAUCGCAUUCAAAUACAAGGAUGGUAUUAUGAUGGCAGCCGAUAUGCUUGGUUCAUAUGGCUCUCUCUCUCGUUUCCGCGACAUUGAAAGAUUACAUCCUGUUGGAGACCACACCAUUGUUGGUGCUUCGGGCGAUUUGUCCGAUUACCAAUACAUCGAACAUCUUUUGGAUUCUUUGAUGAUCAAGGAACAUUGUGCAGAUGAUGGACAUGUGUUGGGUACUCCUCACAUUUAUGAAUACCUUUGGAGAGUUCUUUACAACAGACGAUCUAAGUUCAACCCUCUCUGGAACUCGCUUGUUGUGGGCGGUCUUCACAAGGGAGAAAAGUUCCUUGGAUACGUUGAUUUGAGAGGUACUACCUACCAAUCAACCACUAUUGCUACUGGUUUUGGUGCUCAUUUGGCACAGCCUAUCUUGAGAAAGAGAGUGGAGGGCAGAGAAGAUGAGAUCACUGAACAAGAAGCAGUUGAGAUCGUCAAUGAUUGUAUGCGUGUAUUGUUCUACAGAGAUGCACGAUCAAUGAACAAGUUCCAAAGAGCAAAGAUCACAGAAGCUGGUACCGAGGUUACCGAGCCUUAUAGUGUUGAGACAGAAUGGUCUUUUGCAGAGUCCAUCAGAGGCUAUGGAGCCUAAAAUUAUCUUUUUAUUUGGUCAAUUAUAUAUCUACAUCUCUUCUCUUUGUGUAUGUGUGUAUACGUCCGUGUGUGUGCGUGUGCAUGUAUUUUGAAGACACAAUAAAAAUCAUAUUGGUCUCUAACUGUUAUAAGUAUG